GUAAGACACACCAGGAAGUCGUUGUGCACGAGGCUGUAAGGUUAUAUUUUUUAAAAACAUCGACUUCCUAACACAGAGAGAACCCCACUAAACCUCACCGAGGGAUAAUAAGCUGUCAUUGUGCCAUACAGGAAAGUCCGUUACCGAAGGCGCUGAACAGCUGAUGGAGUCUAUCAUCAGAGACUUUGAGGCCUCUGUAUCAUUGAAGUUGGGUCUGUGUGCAGAAUAUACAGAAGUAAGAACACAUGGCUUCUACAACACGGUCUGCCUCAGAUUACGUCAAGAAUCACAGAGCCCGCCUUGUGGGAAAAUUAAAGAAUCUUUCUGUGAUUCUGGAGAACUUGAAUCAGGAGAACUCGGAUAAGAAAAAAGUUUUAAGUGAUGAGGAGGUCUGUGAAAUAGAGCAAGCAGAGAAAACGGACUACAAUAAAACCAGAAGAAUACUGGACUCGGUCAUUAAAAAAGGAGAAGCAGCCUGCUAUGAGUUCCUCAGGAUUAUUUACAUGACGAGGAAGAGGACAUUAGAUCCUGAUCUGCACUACUGGAUCAGCUGCUUUCCUUUCAAGGAAGACACAGAAAUGGAUACAAACUACUUACAAGGUUCAAGGCCGUGCCACCGAUAUCAGGGAAAGUUGAAGUCAAAAGCCCAACAAAUAUCAAAAAAGUUUUGGAAAAAUCAGUUUAAAGGAAACAACAAGUCUGAUCUGUCGUAUAUGUCACUUGUGUUAGACACACAAGGAAAGGAUUCUCCAUCUAAAAUAAAGAAGUUAAAGAACAAGAAAAGCAAGAUGAGUCGCAAGAAAAAGCUAAGGACAUACAUUCCUGAGGUCAAGGCAGACAUUUCCCCCAGUGACCUGCUGAAAAAACAUGAAAACAUACUCCUGGUUGGUAAACCUGGAAUUGGAAAGACAGCACUCACUCAUGAAAUGUUAAAACUCUGGGCAGAAAGAGACAACGAGAUGCUCGAUUACAUGUUUUACUUUGACAUGAGAGAAACAUCCGACAUCAGGAAGGUCACGAGCUUGGAGGAUCUUCUCUUCAGUGUGUUCAGUGAACCAGAUGAAGAUAAAGAAGAGGUCUUACAGGACAUUAAGCAGAACUCUGACAAUGUUACACUCAUCUUUGAUGGAGUCACAGAUCUGUCUUCUUCGUCAGUGGUGAAGAGACUUGUAGAGAAGGACCUACUACCUGAUGCUAAAGUCAUCGUGACUUGCAGACAGGAUGAUGAAGAAAAGUUUCCUUCUGAGGACUUUCUCAAAGUGGAAGUAAAAGGCUUUAGUGAGCACACUAUAAAAACAUACUUAUCUGCAAUGCUCGGGGAAGAACAGAAGAAGGUUUUGAGCAACGUGGAGUUGUUAACUCUGUGCCAUGUCCCAAUGUAUGCACUGAUGGUGGCUGUCUGCUUUUCAUCUGAGACACCAGAAGACUCUCCACAGCCAUGCACCAUCACUGAAAUCUACAUCAAUAUCGUUCGUUUUUGCCUUCGAAAAAACAGCAAGAACAUAAAAGAGAUAGAUCUAAAUGACUUCAUCAACAACAACAGUAAGGAAAUGCUGUCUUUGGCUGAGGCUGCUUUUCAUGCAACUGAAGGAAAAACUGUGAACUUGACAGAACGUCCCUGUAAGGACAGCUGUGUCCUUUGCUUUCUGAAAGCACUUUUUAUCAAAGUCGCCCACACUGAGACAAAAGCCACAUAUGCAUUUCUCCAUUACACAAUGCAGGAGUUUUUUGCAGCUCUGUGGCUCUUAAAGAAUCCAGAAAAAAUCAAGGAAGUUUUUCAGCAAUGCCUCACUGAGGAGAAGAAACACAUGAAACAUCUGAUCCCUUUCAUGUGUAGAUUGUUGAAUGAGAAGAGCCCCAGUUUGAUGAAUUGUCUGAUUCCAGCUCAGGAGCUCAAGAAUACAUCUAACUGGUUCUUCAAGGAAAUGAUCACCACAUUUUCCAACAGUGAGCUUGAGGUGGACAUACUCUUCUUCUGCCAGUGUUUGUAUGAGUCCCAGUGUCCUGAAGCAUGCGUCCACCUUCUGGACAAACUGGGCUACCAUCUUGAUCUCAGUGGAGAGAGUCUCGAUCCUUACCCUUGCUGUGCUGUGGCCUAUGUGGUCACUCAGUCAAAGGAGAGGAAAAUAUCCCUGGACCUUGAGGACGUCACAGUGUCAGAACAAGGAAUGACACGACUAUUUGGAUGCCUUGAAAAUGUCCAAUGGUGUGACCCUCUGCCACAGCAGCUGUGGAGGAUUUUUCUUCUCAAUGAAAGGCAGAUGGACCCCAUCAGCUUACUUGGCCUUGAUGGAAAUCGGCUGCACCUUCCAGUUGAGGGUAAAAGACUGCUGUAUGAAAGAGCAGUCAAAGUCAUGCAGAAGAUUACUACGAAGGUUAAUGUCUGCCUCCACUGGGAAAGGAAAACUCCUGUCUGCCAUAGUCUGUGUGAGUCUCUCUUUGAGGCUCUACCUUACAUCAGCUCAUUCAGCUUCAGGAAGACCUACAGAGGUCCAGGAUCUCAGAACCAGGAGCAAAGCCACGGGACACUGGAGAGAGAAGAAAAGCAGCUGUUACUGGAUUUAUGCCUGAAAGCUGCAAUUCACGAAGGAGAAAGCUUUCACAAUGUAGUGAAUAUGCUCAUCUCAUUGUUUUCUGUUAGCACGGACUUACAUAACAUCCUUCUUGAUUUUUAUCAACAUGUCAAGAGUGAAGGGUUUUCAGCUGUCAUUCCAAAACUCAGACCACUUUUCCAGUCAGCUGCUGCAGUCUGGAUCAUAAACCUCUCAGAGAGAAAGAGCUCCAUCCUCCUGGAAGUGCUGAAACUCCAACCAGAGAAGAAACCAGUGGAGCUGAGAGGCUGCUCAGAUGAAGAGAGUGAAGUGAGGAGUUUCCUACAGUGUCUGCCUUACAUCUCACAGCUUAGUGUAGAUUUUCAGCGGUCAGAUCGUUCAGAAGAAAUCAGGUUCUUUGGGAAUCUGUUCUGUGCAGCAGCAGAGAGAGAACAGCAGACAGGAGAGAAGACACUGGAGCUGUUAUCAUCAGUGUGCAGAUAUGAAAAACUCCCUCUCAAACAGAAAUGGUGUGAUUUCCUGCUGGACCUGUACUCUAAUGAUCCUACAACAGGUCUGAGUCUCCUUCCAUCAUUACAGUCAGUUUUCCAGUCAGCUCCUGCAGUCUGGUUCAUAAACCUCUCAGAUAGAAAGAGCUCCAUCCUCCUGGAAGUGCUGAUACUCCAAUCAGAGAAGAAACAAGUGAAGCUGACAGGCUGCUCAGAUGAAGAGAGUGAAGUGAGGAGUUUCCUACAGUGUCUGCCUUAUAUCUCACAGCUCAGUUAUGAUUCUGGUUGGUCAGAUGGUUCAGAAGAAAUCAGGUUCUUUGGGAAUCUGUUCUGUGCAGCAGCAGAGAGAGAACAGCAGACAGGAGAGAAGACACUGGAGCUGUUAUCAUCAGUGUGCAGAGAUCAAACAUUCCCUUUUAAUGAUCAGAAGUAUUAUGAUGAUGACGACUCAAAGGAAUAUCAGAGAGAUUACCUGCUGGAUCUGUGCUCCCACAUCAAGGACUAUGAGACUAAAACAGGUCUGAGUCUCCUUCCAUCAUUACAGUCAGUUUUCCAGUCAGCUGCUGCAGUCUGGACCAUAAACCUCUCAAAGAGAAAGAGCUCCAUCCUCCUGGAAGUGCUGAAACUCCAAUCAGAGAAGAAACAAGUGGAGCUGAGAGACUGCUCAGAUGAAGAGAGUGAAGUGAGGAGUUUCCUACAGUGUCUGCCUUAUAUCUCACAGCUCAGUUAUUAUCGUCAUUGGUCAGAUCGUUCUAAAGGAAUCAGGUUCUUUGGGAAUCUGUUCUGUGCAGCAGCAGAGAGAGAACAGCAGACAGGAGAGAAGACACUGGAGCUGUUAUCAUCAGUGUGGAGAUACAACACAUUCCCUUUAAAAGACUGGGAUGAUGAUGAAUAUCGGAGUGAUUUCCUGCUGGAUCUGUACUCCCACCUGAAGGACUGUGAGACUAAAACAGGUCUGAGUCUCCUUCCAUCAUUACAGUCAGUUUUCCAGUCAGCUCCUGCAGUCUGGAUCAUAAACCUCUCAGAGAGAAAGUGCUCCAUCCUCCUGGAAGUGCUGAAACUCCAAUCAGAGAAGAAACAAGUGAAGCUGAGAGGCUGCUCAGAUGAAGAGAGUGAAGUGAGGAGUUUCCUACAGUGUCUGCCUUAUAUCUCACAGCUCAGUUAUGAUUCUGGUUGGUCAGAUCGUUCUAAAGAAAUCAGGUUCUUUGGGAAUCUGUUCUGUGCAGCAGCAGAGAGAGAACAGCAGACAGGAGAGAAGACACUGGAGCUGUUAUCAUCAGUGUGCAGAGAUCAAACAUUCCCUUUUAAUGAUCAGGAGUAUUAUGAUGAUGACGACUUAAAGGAAUAUCAGAGUGAUUUCCUGCUGGAUCUGUGCUCCCACCUGAAGGACUGUGAGACUAAAACAGGUCUGAGUCUCCUUCCAUCAUUACAGUCAGUUUUCCAGUCAGCUGCUGCAGUCUGGAUCAUAGACCUCUCAAAGAGAAAGAGCUCCAUCCUCCUGGAAGUGCUGAAACUCCAAUCAGAGAAGAAACAAGUGAAGCUGAGAGACUGCUCAGAUGAAGAGAGUGAAGUGAGGAGUUUCCUACAGUGUCUGCCUUAUAUCUCACAGCUCAGUUAUGAUUCUGGUUGGUCAUAUGGUUCAGAAGAAAUCAGGUUCUUUGGGAAUCUGUUCUGUGCAGCAGCAGAGAGAGAACAGCAGACAGGAGAGAAGACACUGGAGCUGUUAUCAUCAGUGUGCAGAGAUCAAACAUUCCCUUUUAAUGAUCAGGAGUAUUAUGAUGAUGACUACUUAAAGGAAUAUUUGAGUGAUUACCUGCUGGAUCUGUGCUCCCACAUCAAGGACUAUGAGACUAAAACAGGUCUGAGUCUCCUUCCAUCAUUACAGUCAGUUUUCCAGUCAGCUGCUGCAGUCUGGAUCAUAAACCUCUCAAAGAGAAAGAGCUCCAUCCUCCUGGAAGUGCUGAAACUCCAAUCAGAGAAGAAACAAGUGAAGCUGAGAGACUGCUCAGAUGAAGAGAGUGAAGUGAGGAGUUUCCUACAGUGUCUGCCUUAUAUCUCACAGCUCAGUUAUUAUCCUCAUUGGUCAGAUGGUUCAGAAGAAAUCAGGUUCUUUGGGAAUCUGUUCUGUGCAGCAGCAGAGAGAGAACAGCAGACAGGAGAGAAGACACUGGAGCUGUUAUUAUCAGUGUGCAGAGAUCAAACAUUCCCUUUUAAUGAUCAGGAGUAUUAUGAUGAUGACGACUCAAAGGAAUAUCAGAGUGAUUUCCUGCUGGAUCUGUGCUCCCACAUCAAGGACUAUGAGACUAAAACAGGUCUGAGUCUCCUUCCAUCAUUACAGUCAGUUUUCCAGUCAGCUCCUGCAGUCUGGUUCAUAAACCUCUCAGAGAGAAAGUGCUCCAUCCUCCUGGAAGUGCUGAAACUCCAAUCAGAGAAGAAACAAGUGAAGCUGAGAGACUGCUCAGAUGAAGAGAGUGAAGUGAGGAGUUUCCUACAGUGUCUGCCUUAUAUCUCACAGCUCAGUUAUUAUCGUCAUUGGUCAUAUCGUUCUAAAGGAAUCAGGCUCUUUGUGAAUCUGUUCUGUGCAGCAGCAGAGAGAGAACAGCAGACAGGAGAGAAGACACUGGAGCUGUUAUCAUCAGUGUGCAGAUACAACACAUUCCCUUUAAAAGACUGGGAUGAUGAUGAAUAUCAGAGUGAUUUCCUGCUGGAUCUGUACUCCCACCUGAAGGACUGUGAGACUAAAACAGGUCUGAGUCUCCUUACAUCAUUACAGUCAGUUUUCCAGUCAGCUCCUGCAGUCUGGACCAUAAACCUCUCAGAGAGAAAGAGCUCCAUCCUCCUGGAAGUGCUGAAACUCCAAUCAGAGAAGAAACGAGUGAAGCUGAGAGGCUGCUCAGAUGAAGAGAGUGAAGUGAGGAGUUUCCUACAGUGUCUGCCUUAUAUCUCACAGCUCAGCUGUGAUCCUGAGUUCUUCCAGAGAGUGUGUUCACUGAUCUCUGUCAGAUCCAGAGAGGAGGCCGAGCAGUUGUCCUCUGUGCUGCAGCUGCUGGGCUUCAGCCUGCUGUUAACAGGACAGUUACGCAGCAAAACCUGCCGGUCUGUGGGGACAGUUGUCAGACUUUGUGGCUCUGAUGUAGAUCUCAUCCUCACACCAAGAAAGAUGUCUGUCAGAGGAGCCUCCCUCCUCUUUAGACGUACAACACAACUUCACAGUCUGAAGCUUUCCACUGACAUGGCCUUGUUAAUGUGUCGAUGGGUCAGAAGAGGGAGAGUGGCCUGUCGGCUGACUAUGGAAGAGCUUUCUCUCUCCUCUCAGACAGCCCAGCCAUCAGAGAGAGUGCUGUUGAAGGUUGUCAGUAGUUUGGCUUCCCUGCUGAGAUACUGGACAGUCAGACGGUUAGACCUGACGGAGGUCUGUGUUCCUGCUCAGGGUCUCAUUCCUCUGCUGCUUCAUGAUGGUCCUCUAACAAUCAAACUGAGUGAGAAGGUUUUGCAGCCACUACUCUCCGUCCUCCAUGAAAUCCAGGAUGAGGCCUUGACCUGUUCCUUCUUUAGGAAGGUUGGUGGAGAGCUGACGUCCUGCUGUCUGAACUGGGAGCUCCUUCACUAUCUGCUGCUGCAGUCCUCAGCUCACACCAUCACUGUGAACAUGAGGAAGAACCGCUUCUUACAGGAGAGAGCCACACGUCUGCUUCCCUUUCUGGACAGGAUUGUGUUCAAAAGACCCUGUCCCAGCUUUGUGUUGACCGCCAUCAGAGAGAUCUAUAAAGCUCGAGCCAGUCCCGUUAUACCCAGUUUACUGAGGUCAUUGGAUGAUGUCAUCAACCUGACCUGCAGAGAGAUGGACUCGGAGGACUUUGCUGCUCUGCUCUUCACCCUCACACACAGUGACCGAGUUAAACUGAACCUCACGUGGACCUCCAUACCAGCAGGGGACAUAAAGUCCAUCCUCUUAAUGCUGGACAAAGUCUCUCAUCUCAGUGUUGACAGGAAUCAGCUGCUGAGGUUGGCCCACUGCUGCGCUGCCUCUGAGGCCCAGCAGGGGGCAGCAGCCGGCCUGCUCAGGACUCUGCAGCACCGGCUGGAUCUGUCCUGCUGCUCCAGUGUGGAGCUGGACCAUCAGAGUGACUCUCUCAGUCUGACUGCUGAGGACUGCAGGGCCGUCUCCACCAUCCUGACACACAGCAGCAGAGACACACAGCUCAUCCUGCAGGACUGUGAGCUGGAGGACAGCGGCCUGGACCUGCUGUUUCCUGUCCUGCACAGAGUCCGUCUCAGAGCCAGUAAAGCUGUCCUCCUCCGGCUGGUGUCCCUGGUUCCUGUGGACAGUGAGAGGGAGUCAGUGAGACGGGCAGUGUCCCUCCGUACAGCCCUGGAUGGACAGCUGGACCUCAGUCACAGCACGCUGGAUCAGAGGGCCUGUGGAGCUCUGGCCCUGAUGCUGGACUUCAGUGAAGAGCUGCCAGAGCUGGACCUGAGUCACUGUGGACUCACUGACCAGCUGCUGCUCACACUCAGCGCACAUCUGCACAAAGUACAAGUCCUGGAUCUGAGUCACAAUAACAUCACGGAUGCUUCAGCUGACCUGUUACUGCGACUGUCCAUCAACCCGUCCACUGACACCGUGCGACUCUUCGGGAACAACAUUGUGGACAGAACCUCCUUUAAGGAAGACCAGCGCUUUGAGAUGUGGUGAAGCAGUCGUCGGUGUGUAAGAUCUCCUUCUACCACCUCAGGAACGUUACCAAACUGCGUCUCACACUCUGUCAGAUGCAGAAUAAGCCCGUGCACAGCUUUGCCUCCUGAAGGCGGGACUACUGUAACGUUCUCGUCAUCAGGACUUCUAGCUGAGCCUUCGACGACUUCACCAGAACAGCUCCGCUAGGGUCCUAACGAAGGUACGGAAAUACCUCCACAUCACACCCAUCCUUCACUCUCUCCACUGGCUUCCUGUCUCCUUCAGGACCAAGUACAACAUCUCGCUGCUCACCCAUCAGUGUAUCCAUGGAAACGCCCUCCCUACCUCACACUACAGACCUCCUGACGUGACCUCGGCUCCAGAAACAAAGUCCUUCUUCUGCUCAGCCGCUCCUCUUCUGUGGAGCUCCUCCCAGACCACCUGAGGGCUCCUUCAGGGACAACAAACACAUUUCUUCUUCAGAAAGCCUUCUCUCUUUGUUCUUUUAUGCUCCUGUUUUUUUAGACCUGUUUUUAAUAUUGUUUACUCAUUAAAUGAAAGUAUGACUGUAUUGCCGGUACUAAUACUGUGUUUGACGUCCGUUUCUGUGAAGGCCGACAGCAGCCGGCCGUGGUUGAUAAUAAUAAUCUGGAGAUCAGGAUUCAUCUCCUUUAUUUAUGAAGACACCCUCAGAUUGUUCUGGUGGCAUCAUCUUUAUAACGACUGUUUUUGUAUUUUGUGAUAACUCGUCAGGAUCUCAGGAGAAUUAUCUUAAAAUGUGAAUAUGAGUAUUAUUUUAGUUUUGGUUUUAAAGAGACUGACUUUGUGUCAGGAACAGACCUCGUUCUGAGACUCGGAGACCCAGGUUCAUAUUUUCUGGAAAUGUAAUAACUAUUCUAAACUCUUGUGAAAUGUAUUAAAUGUAAUGCUGUAUUUUGA